AUGGAGGCAGACGGCAGCACGAUCGGAAGCGAGUUCGAAAAUGCGACGCGUGCGACGUGCGUAACACGCGCGACGCGCAAUGUGGACGACGCGCAGUCGCAUGACCCAUCGUCAGAAGUUAACGGCGUGGAGCAGACACCCGUGAAGCCAGGAGAGACAGAACAAACUGACAGAGGAGACUUCGUUGACGGUUUCCGUCACAAAGUCGGCGAGCUGCUCCGUUGGAGCGAGGCGGAGCCGCCAGCAGGAUACCGGCCCAACGUGGGACUAUGCAUAGUUAAUCAGCAGGGUCUUGUGCUGGUCGCGUCGCGAUUGGACCAGCCUGACACGUGGCAGAUGCCGCAGGUACGCGUCUCCGUGCGCCACGGCGAAGGCGGAAUAGACGUGGCGCGGGGCGAGGGAGUGUGGGAGGCGGGACUGCGCGAGCUGGAGGAAGAGACGGGCAUAGCGCCUCGCUCCGUGCUGCGCGUGGGCGAGAUGGGGGAGUGGCUGUGCUACCGCUACCCCCCUGCAGUCAUUCCGCGCCUAGCCCAGCGGUGGGGGAGGGAGUGGCAGGGACAGGCGCAGCGAUGGUUGCUGAUGCGCUUUGAAGGGAAGGAUUCAGAGGUGUGCCUGGAGGGGCUGGGGGGAGAGUCAGCGGAGUUUGGAGCGUGGCAGUGGGUGCCUGCGCCUCAAGUCAUUGCCAUGGCUAAUGGUCUCAAGCGCCCUGUCUACACUGCCGCCUUCAAGAGGUUUGCAGAAAUAAUGGGACAGAAGGAUUGGCAUUUAUGA